AUGACCCCCGCCGCCACCUCGGCCCCGCCGCUGCAGGCCCUGAGCGAGGCCGCCGCCGCCGCCUGGCUGCUUCAGUGGUCGGGCGUGGUGGGGCUCGUGGCAUCCAGGGCCGCGGCCGGGCACACGCAGGGACGAAGGCCGCCCGAAGACAACAAACGCGGUGCGGUGGUCCGGCCAGCACUGACCACGGCCAGGGGCGGCCUCAGGACACUUGGCUCCAAACAAAAUGCAGUUCCUGGGCAUCGAGGAACCCAGGAAGGCAGAACAACACCGAGGAGUAGCCGGCGGGGAGGCCUGACGCUGAGGUACGAGGCGACACACCCGGCGGGCGCCGCGCCAACACACUCUCUGGGCCCCGCACCCGCACGACGGACUCAUGAGGCGGACCAUCGCCAAGAAGUCCCGCAGGAGAGUGAGAGGCUGAGCGGCGCGCCCGUGACUCCCUCGAGCAUUCCCGCCGCCAUGGACGAGGCCGCGGUGAUGCACAACGUGGGGCGCUGCUCCGCCUACCUGAAGGCGCAGCUCCCGCCGCUGCUGCUGGAAGGCGUCCUGGAUACGGCCUGGAGGACAUUGUCGGAGGAGGUCACGCUGGGGGGGCGGGAGGCCAAUGUGGCCGCACACCAGGCGGGGGCGUGGGCGCGGCGGACCCCCGCCCUGCUGGCCCUCGCCGCCAGCCUCUCGAGCGCUAAAUUCCCCCUGGACCUGACGGGCCUGGACCCCGAGGCGCUGCGGGACGCCGUGGCGCACGUGGAGAAGCACUUCCCCGUGGAGCGGCUCAGCGCCCUGCUGCUGCCCACGAAAAAGGGCGGGCGUGGCGGCCCCGGCUGCCUGCUGGUGGGGGCCGCGUUCGGCAGCCUGCUGCACAGGUCAGCGCUGGUCAAGCUGGCGCUGAACCUGGACGUGGUGGGCGGCAGCGUCCUGAAGGAAAUAUCUGAGUUGUCCCUGCAGGAGCUGGAGCUGUGCGGCGGCAGGCACAGCGAGGCCCAGGUGCUGCAGGAGCUGUGCGGGCUGCCCUUCACCGCCGCCAGCCAGGUGGUGGAGGUCGUGCAGGGCGGCCAUCUCGGGGCCCUGCCCGUGGCGCCUCUCAGACAGUCUCUUCGCAGGCUGUGCGUCUCGCUGCCCAGCCUGCCCAGCACUGUGUACCAGGUGUUGCUGGCAGUGUUCCCCAGCCUGCAGCACUACAGCCCUCCCAGCGGCGCGGCGGCCUGCGUCAGCGCCUACGCCAGGAUGGUGGGGCCACUCGGCGGCGCUAAGACGCUGGGUCUGCUGAGCCUCAACCUGGGCAGGGCCUCCAGACACGAGAUUCUGGAGGCGGCGAGGCUGUGUCCCGCCCUUAGAGAGGUCUCGCUCUCCAUCGACCUGGAGUGCGAGGGGCCCCUGACCGCGCUGCGGACAUGUGAGCGACUGUCCGGCGUGCAGCUGGCCUACUACCCCGCCUUCGUGUCCGCCCCACCUAAGGUGGAGGGCGGCGUGCUGCUGCCGCUGCUGGACGCCCUUGCCCCACAACUUCUCAGCCUCGGCCUCACGGGGUUCAGCCUUGGCGGCGGCGUGGUGGCGGCGCUGGCCAGCCUCCCGGAGCUGCGGCGCCUGGCCCUCACAGACUCCUGGCUGGCGCGCCCCGCCGCCGCGCCCUGCCACUCCUUCUCCAGCCUGGACACUCUCGCCCUCAACUUUCUGCCGCCCCAGGACGUCUUCCAACUGCUGACGGCGGGCGCUUGCCUCCAGUCCCUAGACAUAGACAUCCUGGCCUCCGAGGGGCGCGGGAACGGCCUGACUGACGCCAGCGUCAAGCACCUGGUUACGUCUGGCGCCGUCAGCUCCAUCCACAGCUUUUCCUCGUCGUCGCCCUUCCUGACGCUGGCGUCGCUGCGUUCCCUGGCCAGCCUGCCCCGCGUCAGGAGUGUGGGGCGCCUGGCACGCUGGGGCCUAACGCAGGAGGAGCUGCGCUGCGUGGGCCACUCGGGGCCGCCGCACGUGCUGUGCCACCACUGACCACACUGUGCCCGCCCCGUGACGGCGUGAUCAGUCAGUGACCCGCGGGGCGGCGCCGCCACACCCAGCCUGUGAUACACUCAUGCUGCCGCUGCUGCAGCUUGUUUCAGAUCACGUCAUACUUUUAUACUUGAGGUUAAGGUUUAUACAAGACUGACCAUUAGUAUGUAAGGCCACAGCUGUGUUUCCCGCAGUAAUUAGUGUACCUUUGCCUCUGCAACGGGGCGGGUUACCGCCGAUGACCCGCCCCUGUCCUUUUUUUUUUUUACAAUUGUGUACCGUCCGAGGCUGUGUACUGCUGUGAUAUGCACACUACUGGAAAA